UUCUGUGUUUUCAUUUAAUAUUUUUCAUACAGAUUUUGCCCAAUUAAUUCCUUGCUAUCUUUUUCUUUUCCUAUUAGGGGAGAAGUAUAUCAGUUGAAAGCAUAUCUCUAGACAUGUCCGACAGUAGAGAUAUGGAACUAAGUUCUACGGCAUUUAAGAGGAUGAACAAACUUAAAUUCCUCGAAUUCUACAGUCCUUAUGGCCACCAACAAGAACUACAUGCUGCCCGUAAAAUAUGCAAUAUAUCUCUGUCCAAAGGGCUCAGUUUCUUACCAGAUGAGCUAAGAUAUCUGUAUUGGGAUAAAUACCCUUUAACAUCUCUGCCCUUGAACUUUUGCCCAGACAAUCUUGUUCAGCUUCAUUUGAUAGGUAGCCAUGUUCAACAACUUUGCAACAGAGAUCAGGUAUGUUUUAGUUUCAACCACUUAAUUGCUAUUUUUUUUACAAAUUUAAACACCAAAGAAUAUAAUUAUCUCAACUUCGAAUGUGGUCGUGUAUUCUUAACACGUCAUUCACCAUUGCAGUGUCUUGAAAAUUUGAAAGUUUUGGACCUCAGCGACUCUGUGGAGCUAAUCAAAAUUCCAGACUUGUCUGAACUCUCAAAACUUGAGGUUUUACGUUUGAGACACUGCACCAGUUUGGUUGAGAUUUACUCAUCUAUUCCAUAUGACAGCAACCUUUCACAUAUGGAUCUUGGAAAUUGCAAAAAUCUCUUAAAGAUUUCAAGCACCUUUAAGUUGAAAAGACUUAAUUUCCUUUCUCUUGAAGGUUGCUCAGGAAUCACAGAGUUUCCAAAAGUUACACAGGGUAUAAGGCAUCUUAUUUUAAAUGGAACUUCAAUAGAACAAGUUCCCUCGUCAAUUGGGCGUCACACUUCACUCACUCUUUUGUCAUUGGAAGGAUGCACAAGGCUGGAAAGUCUUCCGUGUAGUAUUGGUGAGUUGAAAUGUCUCGAACAUCUUAAUCUUCGUGGAUGCUCGGAACUGGCAAGUCUUCCAAACAAUAUAUGCAAAUUGAAGUGUCUGAACCGUCUUGAUAUGAAUAAAUGCUCAAAACUAAUGAACCUUCCAGAUGGCAUUGUCAAUUUGACGUCUCUUGAAGUCCUUGUUAUAUCUAUGUGUCAACUUCUCAAUGGAUUACCAGAGAACAUCAAGUAA